GUUCGCUCUCCAUCCCUAGCUCAGCACUGCACCGCUUGCUUCUCCUGCGCUUUAUUGACUAUCCCUGCCAGACUCGCUACUCUCCCCCCGCCCAGCUCCUGCACCAAGUCCUGUUUUUUUUAUUUGGGAAAUGUUCCAGUGAGCGGGCACUGCUCAGUCCUUCAUUUAUUAUUACCCCGUUUUAAACACCGCAAAGAUGCUCCGGGGGACCCUGGUCAGGCUGCUCCUGGCUCUGUGUGUGAUAUCUGCCCUGCAAGCAGCCCCAGCCAACGAGAGGCGCAAGAGCCGCAGACAGGCUCAGUCCCAGACUGCUGUGGAGACAUAUCAAAACGGCUGUUACGAUGGUGGGAAACUUUAUCAGGUUAACCAACAAUGGGACCGAGUUUACCUGGGCCGCACACUGGUGUGUACCUGUUAUGGUGGAGGCAGAGGCUUCAACUGUGAAUCUAAGCCCGAACCUGAAGAAACCUGCUUUGAUAAACACACUGGCGUAACUUACCGGGUUGGUGAAACAUAUGAACGUCCCAAAGACAACAUGAUCUGGGAUUGUACCUGCAUCGGAGGUGGUAGAGGACGAAUCAGCUGUACAAUUGCAAAUCGUUGUCAUGAAGGCGGGCAGUCUUACAAGAUUGGAGAUACCUGGCGCCGACCGCAUGAAACUGGUGGCUAUAUGCUUGAAUGUGUGUGUCUUGGCAAUGGCAAAGGCGAAUGGACCUGCAAGCCUAUUGCCGAAAGGUGUUAUGAUAACACAGCUGGAACAUCUUAUGUGGUAGGACAGACCUGGGAGAAGCCAUAUCAGGGUUGGAUGAUGGUGGACUGCACGUGUGUAGGAGAGGGCAGCGGGAGAAUUACAUGUUCUUCUAAAAACCGAUGCAAUGAUGAAGAUACUAAGACCUCCUACAGAAUCGGGGAUACUUGGAGCAAGACUGACAACAGAGGCCACUUGCUACAAUGUCUCUGCACAGGCAAUGGACGUGGGGAGUGGAAGUGUGAAAGGCAUUCUUCUGCACAAGCAACUGGAACAGGCACUCAUGUCUCCAAAGACUCUGUACAUGCUACAAUCUACCUAACUGAAAAACAGAAUGAACCUCAUGGCCACUGUGUCACAGAGAGUGGCCUACUGUACUCUCUUGGCAUGAAAUGGGUCAAAGCUCAAGGCUCCAAACAGAUGAUCUGUACAUGCCUUGGCAAUGGAGUUAGCUGUGAUGAAACUGUUGCUGUUGUUACAUACGGGGGUAAUGCAAAUGGUGAGCCCUGUGCCAUUCCAUUCACACAUGGUGGAAGGACCUAUUAUUCUUGCACAACUGAGGGACGUCAAGAUGGAAAGCUAUGGUGUGCCACCACCUCAAACUAUGACCAGGACAAGAAGUAUUCCUUCUGCACAGACCAGCGAGUACUGGUACAGACCCGAGGCGGUAACUCCAAUGGUGCUGUUUGUAGUUUUCCAUUUUUGUACAACAACCGCAACUACACAGACUGUACUUCCGAGGGACGUCGUGACAACAUGAAGUGGUGCGGUACCACAGCCAACUAUGAUGCAGACCAGAAGUUUGGUUUUUGCCCAAUGGCAGCUCAUGAGGAAAUCUGCACAACAAAUGAGGGUGUUAUGUACCGUGUGGGUGAUCAGUGGGACAAGCCACAUGAGCAAGGUCAUAUGAUGAGAUGCACCUGUGUUGGAAAUGGACGUGGGGAGUGGACUUGCAUUGCAUAUUCCCAGCUUAAAGAUCAGUGUAUUGUGGAUGGUAUUGCCUAUGAUAUAAACCAGUCUUUUAACAAACGUCAUGAUGAAGGACACAUGAUGAACUGCACAUGCUUUGGACAGGGGCGCGGAAGGUGGAAGUGUGAUGCCGUGGACCAGUGCCAGGACAAGGAGACUCUCCAAUUCUAUCAGAUUGGUGAUUCCUGGGAAAAAAAUGCAAAUAACGUGAGGUACCAAUGCUACUGCUACGGCAAUGGAAUGGGAGAAUGGCAUUGCCAGCCCCAGUCUUACCCAGCUGGAACUGGACCUGUGCAGGUAUUAAUUACAGAGCAUUCCAACCAUCCAAACUCACACCCCAUCCAGUGGACCACUCCUCAAUCCACUCACAUUCAGCAGUACGUCUUGCGCUGGAAACCUAAAAACAAGGAAGUAGGUUGGAAAAGAGCCACUAUUCCAAAUCACCUGAACUCCUACACAAUCUCUGGUCUGAAACCUGGAAUUAUAUAUGAGGGAGAACUGAUCAGUGUCGUGCAGUAUGGCCAAAACGAGGUCACACGAUUUGAAUUCACUACCACAUCCACAACGCUAUCCACUCAUACUGAGGCUGGCGAAACUACACCCCCUCCUUCCGUGGUGACCAUUUCUGAGGCUGUUACUGAAAUAACAUCCAAUAGUUUUGUGGUUUCCUGGGUCUCUGCCUCCGAUACAGUUUCAGGAUUCCGCGUGGAAUAUGAGCUCAGUGAACAUGGAGACGAGAAACGCUAUUUGGAUCUUCCCAACACGGCCACAUCUGUGAAUAUCCCAGAUCUCCUGCCUGGCCGUAGAUACAAUGUCAACGUUUAUCAGAUAACCGAGGAAGGAGAGAGAAACCUUAUCCUGUCUACAACUCAGACAACCGCACCUGAUGCACCUCCAACAUAUGACGUGAAAAAGGUUGAUGACACCUCCAUUGUGGUCACUUGGAGCAAACCACAAGCUCCCAUUACAGGUUAUCGGGUUGUGUAUUCUCCAACACUUGAGGGUAGUAGUACGGAACUGAUUCUACCUAACACUGCAACUUCAGUAACCUUGACUGAGCUUCUCCCAGGCAUGGAAUACAACAUCACAAUUUAUGCAUUAGAAGAAAAUCUUGAGAGUAUUCCAAAAACUAUCCAGCAGGAGACUACUGGAACACCAGUGAAAGUUAGCAUCUCCUCACCAACAGACUUACAGGUUGUGGAAAUAACAGAUGUAAAAAUUACCAUAAUGUGGAGCCCUCCACCAAAUGAGGUGACUGGGUACCGUGUCGUAGUAACACCAGUUGGUACCACCAAUGCUGCUCCUCAAAACCUCCCUGUCAGCAGAAAUACCUUUGCAGAAAUCUUAAAUUUAAUCCCUGGCACAACUUACUCAUUUGAAGUAUAUGCAGUGAAUCGUGGUCAGGAGAGCAAACCUCUCAUUGAACGGUACACAACCAAACUGGACGCUCCAACUCGCCUGAAUGUCCGUGAUGUAACAGACUCCACUGUAAUCCUCACUUGGACACCACCCCGUGCUCAGAUUAGUCGUUACCUGCUUACAGUGGGUCAAACCCGUGGUGGGCAGCCAACUGAAUUGUAUGUACCCUCUACUACCACACGUCACAAGCUCAAGGAUCUUCUUCCAGGGACAGAAUAUGUAGUUACUCUAAUCGCUCUAAAGGGAGGUGAACAGAGCACCAGGGUUUCUGAAACCUUUUCAACUUUGGAACCGGUGGGCUCAAUCCCUCAUUAUAACACUGAGGUCACAGAAACCACCAUAGUCAUAACAUGGACCCCUGUGCCAAGAAUAGGAUUCAAGCUGGAUGUACGUCCAAGUCUAGGUGGAGAGGCUCCUCGUGAAGUCAUCUCAGAGACUGGCAGCAUUGUGAUCUCUGGCCUGACACCUGGUGUAGAAUACACAUACACCAUCUCUGUCAUCCAAGACGGCAUUGAAAAGGAUACUCCUGUUACAAAAACUGUUACCACUCCCCUUUCCCCACCCACCAACCUACGCCUCAGUCCAAGUCAAGAUAGUGUUUCCUUCACGGUCUAUUGGGAGAGAAGUACAUCACCAGGGGUGACUGGAUACAGAAUAACAAACACACCCACUGAUGGGCACAUUGGCAAUAGCCUAGAAGAAGAUCUGGAUGCAUCCAUUACAUCUUAUCUCUUGGAGAACUUGACUCCUGGGGUGGAAUACAAUGUUAGUGUCUAUACUGUUAAAGGCGAUGAGGAGAGUAUUCCUGUCUCAAAGAUCUUCAGUCAAGAGGUCCCCCAGCUCACUGAUCUAAAGUUUGUUGAUGUAACCGACUCAAGCAUUGAUCUGAGAUGGACACCAAUUAAUUCCACUUCCAUAAUUGGCUACCGAAUCACGGUGGUUGCUGCUGGAGACUCUGUCCCAAUCUACGAGGAAUUUGUGGGCCCAAUGGAUGGGCACUACAAAGUUUCAGGACUGGAGCCCGGCAUUGAUUAUGAGAUCAGCGUGAUUACACUCAUUAGCGGCGGAGAGAGUGUUCCGACCACAAUCAUACAACACACGGCUGUUCCACCACCUACAGACCUUCGUUUCACCAACACUGGUCCUGACUCCAUGCGUGUCACCUGGACUCCUCCUUCAUCUAUUGAGUUAUCCAACUUCCUUGUGCGCUUUUCUCCACUCAAGAAGGCCGAUGAUUUGACUGAACUAACAAUCUCACCAUCUGACAAUGUGGUGGUUCUAACGAAUCUGUUGCCAUUCACGGACUACCUUGUCAAUGUUUACUCUGUUUAUGAGGGACGAGAGAGCACACCUCUUAAUGGAGUUCACAAAACUACACUGGACUCGCCAAGUGGAAUUGACUUUUCUGAAAUUACUCCCAACACCUUCAAUGUUCACUGGAUUGCUCCUCGCGCUCCCAUUACUGGAUACAGAAUCCGUUACCAACUGGAAAGUGGUGCUGGGCGUCCCAAAGAAGAGAGGGUGCCUCCAUCAAGGAAUUCAAUCACCCUUACCAACCUGGUUCCCGGAUCGGAGUAUAUUGUCAGUAUUAUUGCCAUUAACGGUGCACAAGAGAGUAUAGCACUUGUUGGCCAACAAGCUACUGUAUCUGAUGUCCCAACGGAUCUCACAGUCACUUCUUCAUCUCCCAACACCCUCACUAUAUUCUGGGAUGCACCUGCUGUGAGUGUACGUUACUACAGAAUAUUGUCUUCCCCAACAGGCAGCCGUGGACCAGCUCAGGAGUUUACCGUACCUGGUACCUACAACACUGCAACAAUCAGAGAUCUGCAGCCAGGAGUAAACUACACCAUCACUGUGUACGCUGUAACUGGCCGAGGGGACAGUCCUGCUUCUAGCAAGCCAAUUACCAUCACUUACAUGACAGAUGUUGACCAUCCAACAGAGAUGCAGGUUACAGAUAUCCAAGAAAACAGCAUUCAUGUACGUUGGACACCUUCUCCAGGCCCAGUUACUGGAUACAGAGUUACCAGUGUCCCUAAAGGCGGACAUGGAGAGACCUUUUCUCAGAUUGUCCCUUCUGAUCAAACCGAUAUUACAAUUGUGGGUCUUUCUCCAACCGUUGAGUAUGUGGUGAGCGUUUUUGCCCAGGGUAAAAAUGGAGAGAGUGAGCCUCUAGUAGAGACUGCAGUCACCAACCUUGACCAACCUAAGGCACUGACAUUCACUGAUGUGGAUGUCGACUCCAUUAGACUGUCUUGGGGACUCCCAGAGGGGCAAGUCACCCGCUACCGGGUCACUUACACAAGCCCAGAGGAAGGAACAAGAGAAUUAUUCCCUGCUCCAGAUGGUGAAGAUGAUACUGCAGAACUGCACGGUCUAAGGCCGGGCACCGAGUACACUGUGAGCAUCGUGGCAUUGCACGAUGAAAUGGAGAGCAAGCCCUUGAUUGGAAUCCAGAGUACAGCUCUACCUGCUCCUACAAACCUACAAUUCUCUCAAGUCACACCCAGUGGCUUUACAGUUAGUUGGCAUCCACUCAAUGCCCACCUCACUGGAUACCUUGUGACCGUCAAACCCAAGGACAAAACUGGACCAGUAAAAGAAGUUUCACUUUCCCCUUCUACAACCACCACCUCGUUUAGCGGGCUGAUGGUUGCAACCAAAUAUGAAGUGAAUGUAUAUGCUGUAAAGGACAGUUUACAGAGCCAGCCACUGCAAGGCAUUAUUUCCACCGUUGAGAAUGUGAGCCCCCCACGUCGGCCACGGGUCACUGAUAUAACUGAGACAACUGUAACCAUUAUCUGGCGCACAAAGACUGAGACAAUUACUGGCUUCCAGAUUGAUGCUGUGCCCUCAGGGGGUCAGACACCCAUCCAAAGAAUCAUUAGCCCAGAUCUCCGAUCUUACACUCUCACAGGUCUUCAGCCAGGCACAGACUACAAAAUCUACUUGUACACCUUAAAUGAAGAUGCUCGCAGCUCCCCUGUGACUGUUGAUGUAUCUACAGCUGUGGACAGUCCUUCCAACCUGCGCUUCCUCACAUCCACAAGCAAUUCAUUGCUCUUCAGCUGGCAACCUCCUCGUUCCCGCAUUACCGGUUACAUUGUAAAAUAUGAGAAAGUUGGAUCAGUGCCCAAGGAGCACCUACCACGCCUUCCAGCUGGAACUACAGAGGCAACAAUUACUGGCCUGGAACCUGGCACUGAAUACAUAAUUUAUGUAAUUGCUGUGAGGAACAACCUAAAGAGCGAACCGCUGACUGGACGUAAAAAGACAGAUGAACUCCCCCAACUGGUAACACUUCCACACCCUGGUCAAGUUCCUGAAAUCCUUGAUGUCCCCAGCGUCCCCAAUGUAGAGAAUACACCAUUGGUCACUCACACCAAUUUUGACAGUGGUAAUGGUAUCCGACUUCCAGGCACCAAUGGGCAGCUGCCAGUCUCUGGCCAUGAAGGACAAAUCAUUGAAGAACAUGGCUUUAGAAGACAAAGUGUGCCCACCACCGCAGUGCCUCUGAGACCAGGGCAACAUACCCCUGGGAAGAAUGUGCCAGAUAUAGAGACCAGACGCCCACUAUAUAGAGGAGAUUAUGAUGAACCUUUCCCUCAUGGCUUAGGACCCCAGCUCAAUGAAAGUGUCCUUGAGGAGGUGUCCUCCCAGACCACAAUCUCAUGGAGACCAAUGUUGGAAACCACUGAAUACAUAAUCUCCUGCCAUCCUGUCGGACAUGACGAAGCUCCACUGCAGUUUAAGGUUCCAGGAAGUUCUACUAGUGCCACACUGAAUGGUCUCACCCGGGGAGCCACUUACAACAUCAUUGUGGAGGCAUUGAAAGGACUAGAAAGACACAAGAUACUGGAAGAGCUGGUGACAGUCAGCAAUACUGUUCCUUCUAUUGGAGAUUUGACACCCACAGAAGACACCUGCUAUGAUACAUUUACUGGAGCUCAGUAUACAAUAGGACAGGAAUGGGAACGUAUGUCAGAGUCUGGAUUUAAACUUUGGUGUAAGUGUUUGGGAUACGGCAGUGGACACUUCAAAUGUGACUCCUCCAAAUGGUGCCAUGAUAAUGGAGCAAACUAUAGGAUUGGGGAGAAGUGGGAUCGUCGUGGAGAGAAUGGACAGAUGAUGAGCUGUACAUGUAUUGGCAAUGGAAAGGGAGAGUUCAAGUGCGAACCUCAUGAAGCUACAUGUUAUGAUGAUGGUAAGAUGUACAAUGUUGGUGAGCAGUGGCAGAAGGAAUACCUGGGGGCAAUCUGCUCAUGCACAUGCUAUGGAGGACAGCAGGGUUGGCGUUGUGAUAACUGCCGCAGGCCAGGUGUAGGGUCUGCCCCAGAUGGCACAAGUGAACAUACUGUGUCACAGUUUACCAGAUACCAGCCAAGCACCAACUUUAAUAUAAAAUGCCCCAUCGAGUGCCUCAUUCCCUUGGGUUAUCAUGACUACCCCGAACAUUCUGAACAGAGAAAGAACUAAAAUGGCGGAACAAUCACAAGUACAUUUAGAGGAUGUGUGAAGCAGUUAUACGGACAGAUUUGAGGGUAGUGGUAUACUCUCCUCCUAAUUGGCAGGCAAUCCCAAAAAGCUUCAAGUUCCACCUGAAGUAUUUGCUGCCAUUCAGUAUACAAUGAUUGUAAUUUUUAUGCUUUUUAAAUUGAUCAGGGAAACACAAAGGGAAAUUGAUGGGGUUUUUUUUAUUGUAUUUUAUACAUUAACACUGAAGUGCCUUUUAACAUUAAGGUAGUAGUGAAACAAAUACUGUACAAACAUCUAGUUCAGGGAAGCCUGAAAACACACCUUGCCAUGCCGUAGGGUAUGUUUGGAUGGAGUGGUUAACAUUACAGGCAAAUGUCAAACAGACCAUUCUGCUUUCUUAUAUUCCUGAUGCAUCACAAAAAGCCUGUAUCUGAGAAAUGCCUUUAAACUUAUACACAAUCUUAAUUCCUUUUCUGCACAUUCAUUGCAAAUACCCAACAUUCUGUAAUGUCAGUGUUAUUUAUCAGUGCUUCCUCUUCAGAGGAUUCCUUCUAUUCUACUUCUGGAAAAGUAAUUCUAAAGCCUAGAAAGUGAUGGCAAUUGAAUUUGAUGUAAUUAUGGUUGGUUAAUUUUUUUUUUUAUAUACUGUAUGUGCCAAAGCUUUUACUACUGUGGAAAGAACUCUUCUUUUAAUAAAAAUCUUAAAAAAAA